AUGGCACACGUAUCACCAGAGGUUGCUCUCGCAAUCUCCCGCCAGAAAGCCCGCUACGCUAGAUACGCCGACACGAAGCAGUGGGACAAGUUCGACAAGGAGAUCGGUCUCCCGACGGCACAAUACGUCUAUUGUGGCACAGACGGCCAGCCCGUAGUUUUGGGAACCCAAAAGUGUGUGUUCGAAUCGCCGGGAGCAUGCGCGGCUUGGUUUGGCAACUUCUUUUCCUACCUCGAGACUCUGCACAACAUCGGACUCGGCGAUUUUGAGCAAAUAGCUGCCGAUCAGGUCAAGGCGGUGUUCGGGUUUGAAGAUCAACUCUUUUCGAAACAUCUGGGAUCGUGGGCAGGACUCCGGGGUGGCGGCUUCUACUACGAGACUUGGAAGUUGGUUGACGGCGAGUGGUACAUUCAAGAUUUGAGGAUGGAGCGGACGUAUCAGCAGGCUACUUUCCUCUUUAAAGUUGGACUGGUUGGUGCAAGCUUGCUGGGUCUCAUCUAA